AGACCUCACCUCGCUGGAGCUCUUACGCCGCGCAUACAUUCCUCCUCCCGCAGCCCUUUCGACUAUCACCACGCUCGUUUUGUUAUCGCCCCAACCCCGGACUAGUCGCACACUGGCAACUUCUGAGCUGAGAGCUACGUCCAGAUGAAGACUCCUGCACCACACGGGAGCGCCAGGAGUUCCAAUGGCCUCUUCUGAUCCCGAUCACGGAAGAAAUAACACUAAUCCCCAGUCGAUACCGCUCCAGGACCUGAAUCGCCCGCCGGAUGAGCAGGACCACUACGCGACAGGAGGGGCGCAGCAGCAUCGAAGGACCCUCAGCGAUAGAGGACGCAACCUGCUUAGGCAGACGGGGUCGAUAGCCACGGGGCAGCACUGGAAUCCGCAGUAUGCGCCCAUCGCCGAGGCGUCUCCCAGCCCGACGCGGACAGCUACUCGGCCGCAGCUCAACACGUCGAUUCCCGCUGGGCAUGGAGGAACAACGGCCUCAGAAGAUGGAGGAUAUUCGCCGCUGGAGGACGGCGGGGCCUUCCAAGCUGCCAUUGGAUUUGGAUUUGGCGGCAUGGAUUUCCAAGGCAACACAUCCCCUCCGUUACCUACGCCCAUGUCUUCCGAGCAGUCGUAUCCCCCACACCACGAAAGCGACCCCUACGUCUCAAGACAGGUGUCUGAAGAUCAUGGCUACUUCGCGCCUUCCGCAUACGACGACACGGCGCGACUGACGGACGAGCGAAAUCUGCAGCCGAUAAGCGGCGCUGCUCCCACGACCCCCACUGCCCAGGAAAGAUCAAGCUUCCAGAGCGUCCGAUUCUUGACCCCAGAUGCCGUCACGCCGGCGUCCACGGGCAGGCUGGGCGACGAUCUGAGCCAUGUAGAGGUUGCGGGUGGCGGCUUGCGCACCUCAACGGGGAGGAAGCGGUCGCUCUCUCCAAGUGCGGCGGAAUCUCCGCUACAUCGGGCAGGAACCAUCAUGCGGAACAUGUCGCAGCGUGUCGUCAACCUCAGCAAUGAACCGGAAAUCGCCGAGCGAACCAUGCGCAGGAAGUCUUCUUUACGACAUGCACGACUUCAUGAACCGCCCUCAUUCCCAGCCCUCCCUGAGUACCUCCAUGAUGGUCCGUCCUCCCCAACCUCACCUGUAGAGAAGCCGCCAUCACCAAUCCACCUCCGACGACCAAGUGUACAAUGGCAACCCCCACCAAACCCUCUUCGUGGAAAGACACUGGGCAUAUUUCCCCCAGACAGCAAGUUAAGAUUGAAGCUCUGUGACCUGCUGGUCCAUCCAGUCGUCGAGCCCUUUCUUUUGCUACUCAUUGUCAUCCAAACCAUUCUUCUCGCCGUCGACUCCAGCCGUAGUGUCUUUGACCACCCCCGCUCGUCCUCCUGGGGUUCCACGUGGAUUGAUUACGCUCUCUUGGUCCUAUUUUUUAUCUACACCGCUGAGAUCAUCAUCCGUGUAAUCGUAUCCGGGCUCAUCAUCAACGCAGUCGAGUACAGCAGCGUCAAUCGACAAUUAGGCUUGAGAGAUGCCGUAUUGAAUAAAGUACGCCAGCUUUUCGGGCCGCAGCGGCAAUCAUCUUUGAAACACGUAGGCUCAAGCUUCGACCCUCAGCAACCCUCCGUUCUUCGAACCCUUACUACCGCCCAAAUGACCCCGGCGAUCGGCCCAGGAGAUUCACGACAACAACAGCGGAUUCGCUUAGCGCAUAGGGCUUACCUUCGACACUCCUUCAAUCGAACCGAUUUCGUUGCGGUAGUGUCCUUCUGGAUAGCUUUUGCUAUUGGUGUUCUCGGCGCCGAGUCGCGCAGGCAUGUCUUCAUCUUCAAAAUGCUGAGCUGCUUGCGUAUUAUUCGUCUACUCAAUCUCACAAGCGGCACUUCGGUUAUAUUACGAAGCCUGAAAAAGGCAGCACCACUAUUGGUGAAUGUCGCCUUUCUGAUCAGCUUUUUCUGGCUACUCUUUGCUAUCGUCGGCGUCCAGAGUUUCAAAUCAAGUUUUCGCCGAAACUGUGUAUGGAUCGAUCCCGACGGCAAGAAGAAUUUCACCAACAUAGGCCAAGCUUGUGGAGGUCAUCUCAAGAACGGAACAGACCAGAACAUUGCUGAGAACUACAUUCUAGCAAAUGGUAAUGUUUCGGAUACUCAUAAGGGCUUCCUCUGCCCAAAGGGCUCUGUUUGCAUGGAACUCUCUAAUCCACACAAUGGAACACAGAGCUUCGACAAUAUUUUUCAGUCCUUAGAACUGGUCUUCGUUAUAAUGUCCUCCAACACCUACUCGGACCUCCUCUACCAUGUCGCUGACAGCGACUACCUUGUGGGGGCCCUCUUCUUUGCAGCUGCGAUCGUAAUUAUGAGUUUGUGGCUUAUCAACUUGCUCAUCGCUGUCAUCACGUCUUCAUUCCAAGUUAUCCGUGAGGAGAGUAAAGCUAGCGCUUUCACGGGUGAAGAAAUGGAGGAGGAAGAGGUGGACGGACUCCCAAAACAACGUGUUAGCGCCCUGAAACGUCUUUACGGAAAAACAGGCUGGAUAUGGGUUGUCGUGAUCGCAUAUGGGCUGAUAGUUCAGUCACUGAGGAGCGCUACGAUGAGUGAUUCACGCCAGAAGUUUAUCGAUUUGUCCGAAACGGGAGUCACAUUGAUCCUACUGAUUGACAUUAUCUUGCGGUUCGUCUCUGAUUGGCGACAUUUCUUCCAAAGCAAGCGCAAUAUUACCGACUUGAUGAUUGCAAUCAUCACUACCGUGAUACAAAUUCCAGUCAUCAAGAAUGCCCACGAUGGACGAGCCUAUGCUUGGCUCACAAUCUUUCAAGUUCUCCGAAUCUAUCGAGUUGUUCUCGCUGUUCCGAUGACCCGAGAUCUUAUUAUGAUAGUUUUGGGAAAUGUCAGUGGUCUGCUGAACUUGAUUCUUUUCGUGUUCCUCCUGGUCUUUCUUGCAUCUAUAUUCGCUGCGCAGCUCUUCCGAGGCGAGAUUAUUCCACAGCCAGGAGAAACCGUUCAGAUUUCUUUCUUUACGAUAUAUAACUCCUUCCUUGGAAUGUACCAAAUUCUCUCGAGUGAAAACUGGACCACCAUCCUCUACAACGUCACCAGUUACGAAAAGUACUACAAUACCUCCUGGAUUGGAGCCUCAUUCUGUAUCCUCUGGUUUAUCUUCGCCAACUUCAUUGUUUUGAACAUGUUCAUUGCUGUCAUUCAGGAGAAUUUCGAUGUUUCGGAAGACGAAAAGCGACUGCAGCAAGUCAAAGCAUUCCUCCAAAAAAAGGAACAAGGCAUUAGUUCAUCGUACGGCAAUUUAUCGCUUUCCUCCAUAUUCAAACUUGGGCAAGCUACUGGUCGACGUAAAGACCCGCUAGACUAUGGGUCCGCUGCCGCGGAAAUGUUGCUUAAGGAUGCAGUUGUACGAGACUUUCUCGACGAGCCUGAGAACGUCGCCAGCCCGAACGGGGAGGAACCCCAACCCGGAAUUCGACCUAUGCCUACCAUCGUUGGAUCAGGAACUGUCUCUACCUUAUGGCAGCGGCUCAUGCGUAAGCUCAGCAGCCACGAGCCCAAUCCAUUCUAUGCCCCUUUGGAUUUUGGGCGGGCUUAUGAGGACUUGGAUCCAAGAAGAAUGGCCAAAGAAGUAGUUUCUGCAACAGAGAAACGCAAAAAAGCUCAAAGAGAAUACCUUCGGACACAUCCAAACUACAAUGUUUCUCUCUUCAUCUUCAGGCCAAAUAAUCCUAUCCGUAAAAUUUGUCAGCGAAUCGUUGGUCCAGGCCGUGGUGGGGAUCGAAUCGAAGGAGUUGCACCAUCCGUCCCUGUAUGGUAUGCUUUUUCUGCGUUUAUUUACGCCGCUAUCAUUGCAAUGGUGCUUCUCGCUUGUGUCACCACCCCUUUAUAUCAAAGGACUUACUUCAUGACGCACACCUUCAGCGUGAAGAACUGGUUCGUUUUCACCGACAUGGGCUUUGCUCUGCUCUUUACGGUCGAAGCCUUAAUCAAAGUCAUUGCGGAUGGCUUCUUCUUCACGCCAAAUGCAUACUUCCGAGGGUCUUGGGGCUUCAUCGACGGUGUUGUGCUGGUCACUCUAUGGGUCAACGUUGCAACCUCCCUCUAUAAUGAGGGCCAGAUCACCAGAACGGUCGGCGCAUUCAAGGCUCUCAGAGCUCUUCGGCUGCUCAAUAUCAGCGACAGCGCUCGUGACCAUUUCCAUUCUGUCAUUGUUCGCGGUGUAUGGAAGGUCAUAUCUGCCGCCUUUGUGUCUUUGAGUUUGCUCAUUCCCUUCGCCAUUUAUGGACUGAACUUGUUCGUUGGUCGAAUGCAAGCUUGUAAUGACGAUGGCUCGAACAUCUCCAAUCUUGCCGACUGCGUCAACGAGUACGCAAGCUCACCUUUCGACUGGAAUGUACUCGCACCUCGCCAAGCCGCAAACCCAUACUUUGACUUCGAUAAUUUUGGAAAUUCGCUGUUCAUACUUUUCCAGAUUGUGUCCCAGGAAGGAUGGAUCGAUGUCUCAUGGGCAGCCCAGAGUAUUACAGGCGUCUUUACGCAGCCUGCACCCUUUGCAUCGCAAGGGAACGCUGUUUUCUUCGUCGUCUUUAACUUACUCGGGGCCGUGUUUGUGUUGACCCUCUUUGUCUCUGUCUUUAUGCGAAACUACACAGAACAGACCGGAGUUGCAUUUCUCACUACGGACCAACGUUCAUGGCUUGAAUUAAGGAAGCUGUUGCGACAAGUGUCUCCCUCUAAGCGCCCUUCUUCCACCAAGCAAAGAGAGACUUGGGAAGAAUGGUGCUAUCGUCGGGCAGUUCGAAAGACUGGCCAUUGGCAAAGAUUCAUCACCGGACUUUUGAUUUUACACCUUAUUCUUCUCUGCUUGGAAUGGUACCCUGGCAAUAGUAAAUGGGAUCGGGCUAGAGACUUCAUCUUCCUCUUUUUCACGAUCAUCUUCAUAACUAAUGUUGUGAUCCGCAUCAUUGGUCUAUCAUGGCAUCGUUUUCGAAAGAGCUCAUGGGAUAUCUUCUCCAUUUUCGCGGUCUCGGGAACCUUCAUCACCUCCAUUCUCCUCAUCACAAACUUCAAUGAAAGGGUCUAUACGACUCUCCACAAGCUGUGUCUUGUUUCAAUCGCACUGCUCUUAAUCCCUCGGAAUAACCAGUUGGAUCAGCUAUUCAAGACGGCAGCGGCAAGUCUCGCGGCAAUUGCGAAUUUACUGGCCACGUGGUUUGUCCUGUUCCUGGUGUAUGCUAUUGCGCUCACGCAGACCUUUGGGCUCACACGUUUCGGCCCAGGAGAAACCGGAAACAUCAAUUUCAGGGACGUGCCCAAAGCGCUCAUCCUACUAUUCCGAACUAGCACCGGGGAAGGCUGGAAUCAAAUUAUGGAAGAUUUCGCCGGUAUACGCCCACCAUUCUGCACAAUUGGGGAGAGGUAUUUUGAUAGCGACUGUGGAAGCCCCGAUUGGGCCCGCGCCCUCUUCAUAACCUGGAACAUCAUCAGCAUGUACCUCUUCGUCAAUUUGUUCGUCUCCUUGAUAUACGAAAGCUUCAGUUACGUAUAUCAACGAAGUAGCGGAUUGUCUGUCAUAAGUCGAGAGGAGAUUCGCCGAUUCAAGCAAGCGUGGGCUGAAUUUGACCCAAACGGUACGGGUUAUAUAUCAAGAGAAGCUUUUCCCCGGCUGCUUGGUGAACUCUCCGGCGUUUUCGAAAUGAGAAUAUACGAUGGCGAUUUCACAGUCCGCAGAUUAAUCGAAGACUGCAGCUCCUCAAGGAGAACGUCGGAACUUCCUGUCCAAGGUCAUGAACCGGCUCCGGAAAUCGACAUAAAAAAGCUUAACCAGCGCCUGGCUCUACUACCAGUAGAAGGAAUUCGGGUAAGGCGGCAACGCAUGAAUACCUUCUAUGAAGAAGUACUUGUCUCGAGCGAUCCUGAUAGAGGUAUUGCAUUUACUUCACUUCUUAUGAUCUUAGCUCACUACAAAGUCAUUAAUGACAAUAAGAGCCUAAGAUUAGAGGAGUUUCUACGUCGUCGAGCUCGCCUCCAGCGCGUAGAAGAGGCGGUAAGACGGAACGUCGUCGUAGGAUUUUUCGAUACCUUGUACUGGGCACGGCGAUUCAGGCGAGCAAUGGAGCAAAAGAGUUCAGGACGUAUGACAGCGGUGCCGCAAUUCACGGUACCGGAGAUUUUUGUAGACGACGAAGACAUUACCGACGCUCAACGAGGCCAAUACUCUGCCAGCGGUAGCCCUCUGUUCUCCCCCGCGGAUCUCAGACCGAUGGAUGAUGCUGAGUGGCGUGCAUCAGGCAACGACGUUCGCUCACCAUCACCACCGACUGAAAUGACGUUGCGAAGCCGGGCGAACUCGAUACAGAUGACACCGCAACAUUCCCCAACACGACCAUCACCCCUGACGCCAGCAAAGGCUUCACCUCAAAUGUCUCCAUUCUCUCCUCCUGCAGAUGGUGACUGGCAGUUCGCCUCUGCUCUCAGUCGGCCGCCAAGUCCGCUUGAACCAGAUCCCGGCCCGGCAGGCAAUCGCAGCAGACAAAACAGUUCUGUCAGCGCAGCCGAUGUUUUGGAGGUGCUGGACAAUUCUGCAUGGGGCGAAAGUAUUCGCAGGAGUUUCACGAUGCGACGUUCGGGAGGGCGAUGAUGGAGAAUAUUUUCGAGUCGAACGAUGUCUUUAGGUUCAUGUUUCGCAUCCAAGAAGAGCAUGGCAAAUGAUUUACGUUAUGACGGAGACGGCCUAGUGCAAGGUUUGAGAUGGUCUUGGGCUUCUGUUUGAUGGGCCUCAGAAUAGGUCUGA